AGAAAACUGUUAUGAAUAAAAAAAAUAUCUGACUUCUACAAUGCAUAUAAUUAAUUUAUAUCAAUUAACUUUCUUUAAUUCAUAAUAUUUUUAUGUUUUAUUUAUAUUUUAUCCAUUAAGUUAAUUAAAGAAACUUUCUGAUAUAAAUACCAAUCAACUAAUUAAAGUAUCCACGUGUCACCUGUGUAUUUGACUUAAUCACGCACCGACACUUGUAUAUUUCAAUUAAUCAUACAUCUCACCCUUGUACAAUUAAUAAAGUGGCUACAGAAAAUGCGGACAAUAUAGACAUAUAGUGAAAAAGCGGACGAUAUAGAUAUAGAAGGAAAACGCUGACGAAAUAAAUGUAUAGAACGGGAGAAUAGAAAACUGUUAUGAAUAAAAAAACAUCUGGCUUCUACAAUGUAUAUAAUUAAUUUAUAUCAAUUCUAUUUCAGUGUUUUGUAAUGUUAUUUAAAUCGUUUACAUUAAGUAAUUAAAAAAAAACAUUUUUUUGCAGACUGUGGUCCUGGUUGUUGGAGCCAACGACAUUGGGUAUAGAUCACCAUUGUGUAUUGCCAAAGAUAUAGAACAAUUGUGUCGUAAAAUUCAUCAAAGCUCACCAAGUGCUACUGUCCUGGUUUCCGAGGUUCUUCCACGUGCCCAGAAUUUGUUUAAAGACCACGCACUCGGCACAAAAUUCCUACAGGAAUGGAACUACGACGCUGGCUCGGUAAACCACUUCCUGAAGGAAAUGUCUAAGAGAGUACCAUGGGUUGAUAUAAUUGAACAACCAUAUUUCCACACCAUGUUCGGUGCCAACCGACAGCUCCUUAGUAAGGAUGGUCUUCAUCUUAGUUUCGACGGGACUUCAGAGGUUGCUUCAAGCAUCAUGUCUGCGGUGCACUCAGUGCUACCUGUUCAGUCAGUGCCAGUUCCGGAAACAGCCGAUUCUCAUACAGCAUUGACUGAAACUGAAACACCAAACGUCCGUAGUACAUCAACGGUUUUAUCGUAUGGGCCAAGACGAUACAGCGAGGUCGUAUCUUCAAAUCUUCAAGUAACAACGCAUCUCCCAACCACAGAAACGAAACCUAGUCGAUCGCAGAAACGGUCAAAUCUAUGUAACAAACGGUCAAAUCGGUGUAAGUCUCUUCCAAUAGUGUUAAUAGAAACAGACAACCGCUUUCAUUUAAGCACCGAUUGUGUUAAAUUGGUAGGUGGUGGAAAUGAUGUGCCAAUGUUUACAAAAACUGAUAGGAUUUUAACACAUCACGAAGCAGCUGAUAUUCUUGUUCAAAAUGUCCCGGAUAGUAUAACCUUUGAACCUCCAUAUAGACCAGCAAAUGGAAGUGUAUAUCUGUUCGAUGACUCUGGUGAUUCGAAAAAAUCAGAAGACUGGCGCGCCGAUGGCUACACGUGGAAAAACAAUGGUAGACGAGUGUAUCAGAGUAAUGAAAAAAAUAUCAUACGAACCUUUUUUAAAAUAUCUAAUCAAGGAAUAGCAAGUUUAAAUUUUACGAAACACGUUUUUCGUUUCUUAGAUGACGAUUACAACAACCGGACUUUAAUUGCUUAUUACGGGGAUAGCGAAGCUUAUCAGGGUUUACCGCACGGAAACAGGAAACGUAACAAUAGACAACAUAAACGAACAAAACCGUCAGUGAUGAACAAUAUAAAGUGUAACGCGCUCUCUGAAAAACCCAAACAAAUGAUAGAUAAAAUGAGGUCGGAAGCAUCACCUGAAUCUAAAAUUCAGGGUGUAAGUGUACCACGAAACGAUAAACAAAUAAGAAAUAUUCAAGCAAAAAUUAGAAAUGAGAAUAAAUUAAGUCAUGAUUCAUUGUACAGUCUCCACAUUUUAGUUGAACAACUCGAAAAUUAUAUAUUAAGCAUAAAGACUACCCCGGAUCUUGAAGUUAUAUUAGGAAAUAGUGAAAUGUUAGAUGAAUUAAAUAGAUUGUUACAGUUGAACGAUCAAAACGUGGAGCUUUACUAUGACACUACAUUCAAUUUAGGCGAUUUCUACGUUUCUACGCUAGUGUGUCAGCACCCUAUGUUCAAGGAAAGACCAACUGUACCAAUAGCAUUUAUGUUGCACGAGAGAAAAUUCCAAAAAUGUCAUGAAAGUUUUAUUGAAAUACUUAAGGACAAAAUUCCAAAACUGAAAGAAAAACCAGUGAACAUAAUUAUGGACAGAGAACAGGGUAUUCUCAAUGCAUUUGAAAAAUGUCUCCCAAACAGCAAAAUUCUUGUAUGCUGGAACCACAUAUUUAGUGAUAUCAAAUUUUGGGUUAACAAACACGGAGGAACAAGCGACGAUAAAAAAGUAUAUGAUAUGCAUGUUCAAGAUUUAUUACACUCACAAUCGCGCCAAAUAUUUGAUACGAAAUACCACGAACUGAAACAAUCUUGGAGUGAAGCAUUCCUUACCUACUUUGAUGACAAUAUUUAUAACACAAUAAUACAAUAUUCCGGACGAUGGAUACUUGAGGAAAACAAAUUAUAUAACCCCUAUUCUGGCAUAACAAACAAUGUUGUAGAGUCACUUAAUUCAAAAUUGAAAAGAUUAAUUGAAUACAAAGAGAAAGCGAUUGAUGAAAUAGUAAUGUAUCUAAAUUAUUUACAAGGAAAUGAUUUGUGUGAGAUCAUUCGCGGCUUCUGUGGUGAAAGUGAAUGGACACUAGGUGAUAAUUUCAAAUAUGCUGCGCGAGAUCCAGAUACCAUUGUUUUACCGAAAAAUGUUUGUCAUCCCGAUAAAAUGAUUGAAAUGGUAAAAGGUGAAAUAAGUGCUGUAACACAAACAACUAACCAAAUGAACUAUAACUCCGACUCACAUGACAAUGAUCCAACUGUGGAAAAAAUUCCCAAAAAAGGUGUGAAUUCUCAAAAAUCAUUAGCGGUCAAAACUAUAGCUGAACAAGGGAUAGUUCUUGUUCCUGAAAUGGGAGCGUUUAUGGUUCGAGGCAACAAAGAUAAUAAAUAUUCAGUGACACUUUUUCCUAAGGAGUCGUGUUCAUGUCCAGCAACUUCAAGAUGUUAUCAUAUUCUUGCUGCAAUGAUAGCAAUCGGAAUGCCUAUUCCGGACGAUAAAAAAGUGUUUAACUUAACACAAUUACGCAAAAACUGUAGACCAAAACAUUCCAAAAAGUGUGGUACAAAAAAAGGAAGAUUUGGAGACAAUGAUGCCGACAUUGAAAUUAAUCCCGCGCCAGACUCUGUUCUAAAAAACACUUGUGAAAAAGUAAAUGCGACUCCAAAAAGCAAAAUUAUGACACCCAAAAACAGUGCAAUACGAAAAAACUUAAAAUUUGAUAUUUCAACUCCAAAAUUAGACAACACACCAACAGGCAAAAAAUUAAAUAAACGUAAAAUAGAGUGUACCGAUGAACUGAGCUAUAAAUUACCAAAGUUGGAAAACGAUUUAUCUGUAAUCAAAGAAGAAAGUGAAAUUAACAAUUAUGAAAUAAGAGACAAUAGCACCGAAUCAAUAGAACAGCAUAUUGAAUACUGGGACAGAGAUUUGGGCCUCACGGAAAAUGACAUAAUUGACUUAAAAAAUAAUAAGAAACUUAAUUCAAACCAUAUGGAGGCUGUAAAUAUAAUGUUGCGACAACAAACUAUGGGCGAAAUAGGUGGGUUGCAGCUAACCGAGAAAGUGCCCGCUUUUAAUGAACUAGAAAAAAGAUGGUGUUGUAAAUUUCCACUCGAACCUGCACAGUCACCGGCCUGCCAAAUACACCACAAUCACCAUGACCACUGGGUAGCAUCGUUUAAUAUAGAUAAUCAAAUUCAUUUAAUGGACAGUUUAGGCAAUGAUAGACCAAAUGACAGAAUCAUACCAAACGGCUUGAAAAUUCAAUUAUCCCAGCUUUAUGGAUCAAAUAAAUCAUCAAUAGCAGUUAAUGUACCAAAUGUUAUCAAACAAAAUAAUAGUGUAGAUUGUGGAUUAUAUGCAAUUGCUUUUAUUACUUCUUUUUGUUUACGUAAACGUCUUUGUACAGAUCUUAUAUACGAUUCCAAUAAAAUCCGUGAACAUUUGUUAAAUUGUUUUGAACGAAAAGAAAUGACGGAAUUUCCAUUAACUAAGAAAACUUUAAGUAAAAGGAAACACUAUAGUGAUACAAUUAUUAAUAUUUAUAAUUAUUGUCUAUGUAAUUUACCUGAAUGCCUUGAUGAUAUGGUUUUAUGUGAUAAAUGUAAUAAAUGGUUCCAUAAAAAUUGUAUUAAUGCCCCCAUUGAUGUGUCGUCCAUUGAUAAUGACUUUGAUUGUGGUUUAUGUUCUUAAAGGAAAAACGAACUUUUUUAUAAUAUACUUUACAUUUAAUAAAAUUCACUUUAAGAUCAAUGUUAUUUGCAGUCUGAAAACAUACAAUUUUUGAUUAUAUAAUUUUUAAUUAAAAAAAAUAUUAAUUUAAUUAUAGUUAUAAUUUUAAAACAAUACUUAUUAUAAAUUAAAUGUAAUAUAUUUUUGGACAGCAUUUUUUCCGCUUUGUAUAUAUUGCCAUCGUUUUUCCUAUAAACGUUUAAUACAUUGUCUAUUUAAUAUUGUUGUCUUAAGUAAGGGAUUUUGUUAAAAUAUGUGAUUGUUAUAUUCUUUAUAGCUAUAUACAUAUAUUGAGUUGUUACAUUGAUAUUAUUAUUUGUAUGUGUAAAAUAAAUUCAUGUACCGAAUGUGUUAUAUUGCUUAAAUAAAAUUGCAAUGAUGUUCAUUCUUUAUCUUCGUUUUUAUUACUUCACAAUAUUACUAUACAUUAUCAUUAUCUAUUUUAUUAUAAUUUUAUCUCACACAUCAUUCUACACUCUAUCUAUAGCGCCC